AGGAAGGAUAAAUGGUAGCAGCUUAACGCGAGCAAGCCUUUGUGGCGGUGCAGAACGCAGGCCAAAAUUUAUUGAUGCAUCUUCCCAAUCUGGAAAAUCAUAAAUAUUAACGAAACCCAGACAUUUAAAUUUGUGCUUUAUUAUUCUUCCUCCCCGUCGCUAGCCCAGCACCGCUGUCUUUGCUUUUCCAUGCUGCACUCGAUUUUUUCAAACCCGUUCGAGGCCAGCGUUCCCGCACACAGCAGCCCGAUCUCCAGCCCGCCGGGCUCGCCCGAGAAGAAGAACAAACCGUCUUUGCUAGACGACUUCGCCUCCGGCAACACCACGCUCGACGACAUCAUUGAGCUGCCCAGGCCCGCGGCGGCUCCCGCAGACCACCUUUUUGCAAGCUCCACGCAACUAUUCGACUUCGACAGUUACCUGCGGUCGGUCGAUCUCGACGGACAGCUGUUCAACCGGAGCACGACCGACCUCGACUUCUCGAGCGUCGAAAAAACCACCAUCAGCGACAUCGACGGCAUGAUUGGCAACCUCUCCAUCGACGAGGUCGACGCACAGGUGCGCUGUGCGCCGGAGAUUUCUGAGCACGAGCACAUUGGUGACAUGGACUUUGGCGCAGAGCUCAGCAAAUUCCUGCGCGCCAGCGACAACCAUCUUGCCGUGGACAUCUACCAGGACGAGUUUGAGCUCGAAUUCGACGACAACGAGCCACAGCCAGCCGCCCGAGACAAGCACAGCUCACCGCUACGGAUUUGCACCCCUACAAAACAGCCAAUCCAGAAACCCAUCAUCAAGCCGUGCCACAAUUUGCUGAAUCUCAUUGUGGAGAGCUCCGACGGUAGCAUAGAGGAUGCUACCAAGUACGCCACCGAGAUCAAUUCGCAGAACUGUUUGGGGAUUCCGAUCCCGGAAAAAACCACAGAGCUGGUGACGAUUCCGACGGCCGGUCCCGCUGUCGACGGCGUGCGAAAGGCCGCAAUUGUGCGCGCAGUCCUUGCCAGAACCACUGCACUGCGGCGACCGGAAAAGACGGCCAAAAAGGUCGGCUUCUAUACAGAGUCCGAAAGACAGAGCUUUCUGCAACUCAAGCACAGCCACAAACGCCCGCACAAGCCCGGCUCGCUCAGCCACCAGCGAACACUCGACAAGCUUAAGGAGGAGCUACAAGAACUACAGGAAAACCAGGAGAACGUGAGCCCAGGCAGCGCCAAUCACGGGCCAAAGACGUUCUCGUACUCGGACCGCAACCGCAAGCGCGUCUCAUGGGCCAGCUCGCUGGAAUGGUAGCACAGUUCUAUGGUUUGCUUGGCUUAUGGAUUGGCGUGUACGGGGUCGUGGGAGCAGCCUCGGGCCGCUCCAGCUGGUGAAUAUCAAAGAAUUUCGUCAAGCAGCUUGCACCAGACCAUGCAAAAUCAUCGGCCGCAAAACAGAUACACUCGUUCUGCUCCUGAAGCCAGUUUGGCCCGUCGCAUUGCAGAUUCGGCGCAUGAUAAUACCCGGUGCCCGCAAAGUACUGCAGCUUGGUGUAUGGAAGCAGCAUAGACACCGCGAUCGUGUGCAGCGGCGCGUCUCCCCACCGUUCGUAAAAAAUCCCGCCCUUGCGGUCCAUAUAGUCGAAGAAAUGCGUAUACGUCUCGCUGCGGAAAAAGUCCAGGUCGCCAAUUUCAAAGUUGGACCAAAAAUGGCACAUGUUGAAGCUCUGACCCUCGUCGUCCGUCAGAAACGCCAUGUUGUUGUUCGCAGCCACACGGUCCGGGUACUGGUGCAUGUACUCCUGUGUGGCAUUCCACAGCGUAGUCACCGUGGUGUGCAGCUCCAGCGGCGUGAGAGUGAACCCGUACACUUUUUCCUGUGUGCGCAUCACCUCAAACGGGUCGUAUGCGAUGUUGCAGCGGAAUUCGACAUUUGGCUCGACUCGCCAGUAAUAUCGGAACGGCCUGAGCGCGUCCAGCUUGUAGAAUAAUCCCGAGAAAAAACGGCACAUGUGGCGAUACGACUCGUUAUCGCCGUACUUGAUGCCUUUUCGUGCCAUCUGACGCCGUACCUCGGCCGCCUGUGCUUGGUCAAUCCAUUCUGGAUAGUCCCAGUACGCGGGUGGAAUGAGGCUGAACUCGACAGUUCCCGAGCACAUUGCCGAAACAGCUGUCUUGAAAUCUUCGGUAAACGGCUCAUUAUUGGCGAAAAUCCAG